AUGAAGACUUGUCCGGACCUGCAAGGAGGGAUUCGACGCCGAGGUGUGAGGGUCUCCGAAGCAGAAUGGCUCGGAGUCGGGGAAGGAAAAGGCGGUACCGAGCUGUUGAAGCAGAGCCAGAUGACGUCAAAGUCGGGGAAGGAAUCCCAAGCGGGAUAUGAUACGGGGAUCAGCUACGAGCCGCUGAAGCAAGGCCGAUCCGAGCCAGAAGGGGAAGCACGUUUUAAGGGAAUCGAGGAGGGUUCUUGGCCAAGAGUGGAUUCGCCUCAAGGUCAAAAACCGGUUCUACACAAAAUCACCGAAUUCGAUUGGUCUCUCACUCCCGUAUGCGCCGGCGGCAUCGCCUUGAAGACGGUCGGACCAAGCGAAGUCCUCCCUCCUGGUCACCGCAAGCUCAAGGCCAAGCUACCAGGUGGUUGCACAACUGUCUCAGCAGAACGACUGAAUCCCGUCAACGGUGCCGCCUUCCUUGCAAGCGCUCCGGCAUCGAGUAAAGGAGUUGGAAGAGACCAGAAAGUGCAUUCACUGAAAUACGGCAGCCGACACGAACCCACUGCGAAAGUGACAUUCCUACCUCAAGCUUUCGUCAAGGUGGACACGAAGAAGAUCGUCGGCUGUACACGUUCUGGCGAAUCUGGAACGGUGGUCUCCUGGUCCCCUUUAUGCCGGCCACCAAACGAUUCGACUUGCCUCCAAGAUCAUUGCUUCCUCCUCGCGGCUCCAUCGCUAAACCUGUCUUCUCGUUUCAACAUCUCUUUGCCGUUAUUCGAGACGACUUUUCUCAAGGACAAGGUUGAAGCCCUGUGCCGGAUCGGUCCUGCAGCCCUUUGGCUUAAGCGAUCCGCUUUGUAUCUCGUUAACGACCCGUCUUCCGGUGACCAAAUAGACCAGCUUCGCGUGCGACCCUCGAAAGAUGCUGUUCUUCUCCGCUGCUUUACGGAGGAGAUAAAAUCUGCGAACCCGCUUGACAUCAGGAUCGCCUACAAUGUGGCGGCAGCUCGCCACCUGGGAGCUAAGCAGACCGUCAGGUCGGAGUGGCCCUUCGAUCGCCUGUCGUGCAACGCAGACAACUGCGGUAUGGGUCUAAAGACAGCUUGUGGUAGGCCUAUCUUCGUUUGGGGAACAAAAUACAUGAAACAUUCACAUCUCGAGCGGGUCAUCAGGAUCUUCCAGAUCUUGAGUAUAGCAAGCCAAGGGCGAAGAGACCGUGCGAUUAAGGGAGGAGCUAACGCUGCCACGCUUGAUCGGACAGUGCACGCAAAGUCUACGUCCCCACAGCAUGGUCUAGGCUACUGUAUCUUGGACGCGCUCGGGGUCACGGCGUAG